AUGGAGCGGGAUACUUUCACUUUAUAUUAUACCUUGGGUGUACAAAAAAGUGCCACCGAAGAAGAAAUCAAGAAGGCAUAUCGACGUUUAGCUUUAAGAUAUCACCCAGACAAAAAUCCAAGUGCCACUGACACAGAUCAGUUCAAAGAAAUAACUCAUGCAUACGAAAUAUUAAGUGAUCCUAAAAAACGUUCGGUAUAUGAUAAAUAUGGCGAAAUGGGAGUCAGUAUGCUGGAUUCGGUAGCUGGAGUGCUAUUCGAUCCAGACAUAGAAGGACCAUUAUGUAUGGCUUUUUUUACUAUUUCAUUUUUAGCCAGUCUUUUCAUUAUCUUCUUCGCUUUCCUAUCAGCUCGAAUAGAUAAUUCAAUAUCCUGGAGUUAUGGAAUUGUUUUCAUACCCAUGUGGAUAAUUGAUUCUUUGAUAUUUUUUGUAUUAAUUGCAAAUGCAAAAAGAGAUACUGGAGAAGAAGAUGUUGAUGAUGAAUUUGAGGGAUCAUAUGAAGAAGAUCCCGGGAUUAGAGAACAAACUAGAGAGAUAAGACGAAAACAACGAAAAAGAAUUACCCAACUAAGGAAUUCAUUGUCAUUUGUUUACCUUUUUUUGAUCGUUUCAUUUGAAGUGUUAAUAGUUCUUCGAACUGAUAAUAAGAUAGAAAAGAGUACAAUUGUAUUUAUACCAUAUUUUUUACUUGAAUUGAUUUACUUGUAUCCAAGUGUAAUCAAAUAUAUCAACUUAUUAAGUACUAUACGGGGGUUUGAUACCAAUACAAAUCUACCUUGGACAACAAAGAUUAAAUUAUUUAUAGAUAGUUUUUGGUGGUUUUUCAUUAGAAUAUCACUUGCGAUUUUAAUUUUGUUGAAACUUGAAGGAAUAAUUAAUUGUAGUUGGGGAGUUAUUUUUAUUCCAUUAUAUAUAAGUGGUCUUCGAUAUUUUCUCCGGAUUGUAUGGCAAUGGUAUAAUUUACGAAAAAGUGAUCCGUUACCUAAUAGAGGAAAAGUUGAUGUUAUUGUUUCAGGUGUAGCAUUUGUAGUAAUAGGAACUUUAUUUUAUACAGUAGUAGGAUUAUUAGCUAGUAGAUUGGAUGGCAAUACAGGAAUAAAGAUUUCAUCAAUUUUAAUUCCUGUAUUUAUUACUUUAUCAAUUUUCCUUUGUUGUACUGGUUGCUGUUUACCAUGUGUUCUCUUAAAUUGGAAUAUGGAUGACAUGGAUGGUAAUGCAGAAGCAUCAUUAGUAUCGGCUAACAAAAGAAUUACUUAUCCUACAGAAAUUGUAACAGCAGGACCCAGUGGUAUUUCUAAUACUUCCAGUAGUAACCAAACU